AUGUCUGCUUCGCAGAUAGCACCGGCUAUACUUCAGUACAWCGAUCAUAAUGCGUAUCCAGACUCCGAAGCCGUCUCGUCCGCGGAACUCGAUUCCAACGCACUACAGCACUUGUCCGCUGAGCUGCGCAGAUCACAGGACGAAGCCAAAGCGGAAAUUCGACAACUGAGUAGAACUUCAGCACCGGAUAUCGAUACAUGGAUCUCUCGURCCAAGGAACUACAGAAGGAUAUUUUGAGGAGUCGCGCUACGGCAAGGGAGAUUGUCGAGGAGGCAGAGAAGGGACGGGAGCUCAGAGAAGGAUUGGAGGAUAAAGCGAAUAAGGUGCGACUACUAGAGAAAGAAGUCGACUUCAAUGCCAGGUUACGCGAAAGAUUGGAGAGCGUGAGGGAUGUAAAGCUGUUGGUGGGAGAGGGCAGAGAUGCUGUUGUUGCUGGGCAUUUGCGGGAAGGAUUGUCCAAAUGGCAGGAAGUGGGGGAAAAACUUGGAAUGUUGGGCAGCAGCGAUGAGGGUGUCGGUGCGCUGCUGGGAGGUCGAGUGGCAGGUCUUAGGGAUGUGCUCAAGGAAGCUGUCCGAAGUGGAUGGGAGGAGUACAUUUAUGUGGACGUGGAAUCACAGAAAGUGUCUGUGGCAACAGGAACUGACAUUGAUGACCUCAUUGCCACAUCCAAGGGGCUUGGUGAUUACGAGAAUGCCAUGAAGAAGCUGGCCAAGGAAUUCGAGAGAGCUAUUGUGAGGCCCAGACUCGCCAUCUCGAGAGAAGGGCGGGUUGGCAGAAUCGCUGUUGAGGGCAACAGCAUCAAAACCCACCGUGCAAUGGACGACGUGGACUCGCAUGUAUUGUUCGAGGACCUAAAAGCGGUCAUCGAUUGGCUGAAAGCUACGCUCCCCGCAGACAUAGCUGCUCCUCUGUGGGAGAGCCUCAGCCCGGCUUUAAUCUCUCGACUGGAAGAUCCAUGGCUAGAUGCAGCUGUGCCACUCGACAUUGCAGACAUGCCUGCCUUUCAGGAGGUUUUGGCUGAUGUAGCCUCGUUUGCAGAUCAAGUCGACACUUUCAAUGGCAGUGGCAGCAAGCCUCUCCGUACUUGGGYGCAGAGUGCUCCCAGGACAUGGCUUACCAAACGACGAGAAACUAUCUUGGGAGACGUCCGGAGUUUGGUCUUUGCUGGACUGCGGGAGACAAAGGUGGUUGAGCGAGUUGAGACACAGAUGAUGAGCAAAGAGGAUGCUCCUGCUGAAGGCGACGACGAUGAGUGGGACACUGCAUGGGACGAACCCGAAGAGCAGGCUCCUUCUCUCCCUCCACGCGAGCAGCAGACUUCUAACCCCGAAGAUGAGGACGACGAGGCCAGUGCGUGGGGCGCAGACUUGGAUGAAGACGACGACGCGCCGAAAGGAGAUGGUAACGACGAAGAUGAUGCAUGGGGCUGGGGAGACGGUGAGGAUCCCGGCGCGCAAAAGCCCAUGAGUCCAAAGAAAUCCCCAUCGAAGCCAAAUGGGGACCAUCGGUCCAGGCCCACAGAGCGCGAAGUGACCCUCCGCGAACAAUUCACAGUGACAGCGAUCCCGGACUCCAUCCUCACACUCCUCCAAGGCAUUAUCACUGACGCUCAAAAUCUCGCCGGGCCUGAAUACGCUUCUUCGCCCAUCGCACCGGCGGCGACCGGCCUCUACACCCUUCCAACCCUCGCUUUGGCCAUCUACCGAGCCACAGCAACCACAGCAUAUGCCAAGCUGCCCUACGGGAACAUGCUCAUAUACAAUGAUGCAUCACGUCUCGCUGAACAACUUCAAGCCUGGCAAGCUGCACAGCCUCCUGCGUCCCGCCUCCGGCUUUCUGCGGAUGUUACAGCCCUGGAAACGUUCGCAAAACGAGCUUACAGUACUGAAAUGGAGAGCCAGAGAACCAUUCUUAGAGACCUGCUCGAAGGUGCACAGGGCUUCAGCAAUUGCGCCCAAUCUCCGUUCAAGCAGGAAUGCGAGAGCGCGGUGGAGCAGACCGUUGACCGUUUGCGGGAAGUACAUAAAGAGUGGGAAGGCAUUCUCAGCUCUUCAGCUCUGCUUCAAUCCACCGGCUCGCUUCUUGGCACCUUUACAGGAAAAAUGAUUGCUGAGAUUCAAGACUUGCCUGACAUUGGGGAGGAUGAUUCCAAGGCAUUGAAAGAGUUAUGUGAUACAGCCAUGACUGCUAGGGAUAUGUUCAUCCAGGAGGCUCCGGAUGGGGAGAAGAGAGACAUGACCUUUGUGUAUUGUCCAAAUUGGUUGAAGUUUCAGUAUCUGGCUGAGAUUUUAGAGAGCAGUCUGGCGGAUAUCAAGUAUUUAUGGAAGGAAGGGGAGCUCAGUUUGGAAUUCGGGGCUGAAGAGAUUGUGGGGUUGAUUGAGGCGCUGUUUGCGGAGAGUCCGUUGAGGAGGUCGGCUAUCGGGGAGAUUCGAAGGGGUGGGAGGUGA